CUGAGUUGAUGCAGGUUCACCAGAAGGAGGGAGAGUCUUUAAGGGGACUAUAUGCAACGGUUCAACAAGUCCACUUUGGACAUUGAUAAUGUCCCUGAUACUAUCUGCCUAUUUGCUUUGUUGCAUGGCCUCAAACUUGGCCGGUUCUUGGACGACCUGCUAGAGAAUCCACUUAAGUCGUGGAACGAAGUAAAUGACAGGUCUACAAGCUUCAUAUUGUCCGAGGACUUUCAAUCCUCUAAGCAACAAGCUGACGACAGACAGGGUAAAGAGCACAAACAGCCUGAGGGAAAGGAUGAAAAGAAAAAACAGAAAGUUGGCGAGCAGAGAGGAAAACCACAUUCCUUUCCAAAAUAUGACAGUUACAUUCCAUUGAGCUCGUCAAGGUCUCAGAUAUUGACACAAAUACAACACUGGGUCAAGAGACCCCCUCCCCAAACACAUGAUUCCCCACGAGUUGACAGGAGUAAGUAUUGUGACUAUCAUCGUGCAUACGGCCACAACAUAGAGGAUUGUCAAAGCUUGAAGGACGAGCUGGAAUUUUUAGCCCGCAAUGGAAAAUUGGAGGGAUAUGUACAGAAACCUUACGCCCGGCAACCCAAUCAGACCCAUUUUGUGCAAGAAGCUUACAGAGGACGCCCGUUCAAUAGACGAGGACAGGGACAGAAGACAUCCACACAGAAUCAAAAGGACCACAAAGGGGGCGGUUACAGCGGCAUACCCUCACCUUCUGGCACAACGAAUAUGAUCUCUGGCGGCAUGCAUUCAGGAGGCCAAAGAGUGAUUACACUUCCUAUAUACGUGGGCAUUGAACCACGGUUUAGGAUGGCAUCAGUAGAUUUUCUAGUGGUUAAGAUGGAGUCAGCUUUCAAUGCUAUAAUUGGAAGAGUUACACUUUGCGAAUUGAAAGUUGUCUUCUCUCAACCAUACCUCUGUAUGAAGUUCCUAACUCCUCAAGGUGUAGAUCAUCGACCUAAGAAUGUGGAGCAGAAAGCCGAGCCAGUAGAACCGGUUGAGACAGUUCCUUUAAGCCCAGAUGAACCAGAUAAAAGAGUGAAAAUAGGAACCAAACUCACACCGGAAGAAAGGACCAAGCUUUUGGAAUUUUUGAAAGCUAAUAGGGAUGUAUUUGCGUGGACAAUAGAUGAAAUGCUUGGCAUACCAACAAAAUUCGUAGUCCACAAGCUCAGUACGGAUCUUACCAAGAAACCGGUGGUGCAAAAGUGUCGCCUUGUGGGCCCCAAGAAGCAGGCUGCCAUAGAUGAGGAAAUACAGAAACUAUUACAGGCAGGCUUCAUCAGGAGAGUUGAAUAUUCUGAGUGGGUAUCCAACCCUGUGCUCGUCAAAAAACCCAACGGCAAGUGGAGAAUGUGUAUCGACUUUACCAAUUUGAAUGAAGCGUGUCCCAAAGAUCUACACCCCUUGCCUAAUAUUGGCCGGAAUAUUGAAGUAUAUGUGGAUGAUAUGAUUGUCACCAGUGUACGAGCUGAAGACCAUGUUGACGACCUGAAUGAGACAUUUCAAAAUUUAAGACGGGCGCAAAUGAAGAUAAACCCGUUGAAAUGUACGUUUGCUGUGAAAUCAGGUCAUCUUGCGGCUCUACACAGGUUCAUUGCUAGGUCGGCAGAAAAAUGCUUCCCAUUCUUCAAAGCUUUGCGAGAGCCUAAGGACUUCCAAUGCACUGAUGAAUGCCAGCAGGCUUUCGAGGAACUCAAGCAAUAUCUGGCAUUACCACCUUUGCUCUCCAAGCCUAUCGAAGGGGAGACAUUGUAUCUAUAUCUGGGGGUUGCAAAUGAGGCACUAAGAGCAUAUUUCCAAUCCCAUGAGAUUGUUGUGUACACCAACCUGCCAUUGCGGAAGAUAUUGCAAAAACCAGAACUAUUUGGUCGGUUGAUUGGAUGGGCGAUCAAGCUGAGUGAGCAUGACCUCAAGUUUCAGCCACGCACAACCAUUAAGGGCCAAGUUUUAGCAGAUUUCUUGAUAGAAUGUAGGCCAACGACUGCAGAGGAAACCACACAGCCAUACCCAGUGUGGGUUCUAUAUGUGGAUGGGGCAGCCAAUGUUGAGGGAUCAGGAGCAAGAGUAGUGCUGUUGGGUCCAGAGGGUUUCAAAUCUGAGCAUGCCCUGAGGUUCAAAUUUCAGACAACAAAUAAUGUCGCUGAAUAUGAAGCACUCAUUUACGGUUUGAAGUUGGCAUCCGAGCUAAAGGCACAGAGCAUAAGAGUCUUUAGUGACUCUCAGCUCGUAAUAAAUCAAGUAAAUGGAAGCUGUGACAUCAAAGAUCCUCAGCUCAGUCGAUGCAUGUCUAUGUUAGCUUCCUCACAAGACAUUAACCCUCAGAGGACCACAUUGGUUGAAGUACUAGAUGCAUCAAGCUAUACCAGUUUAGCAGUUAAGUGUCAAGUACUAAUCACAGAUGCCUCCUCACCGAGCUGGUCUACACCUCGGAUUGAUUACUUACGAACUGGUGAAUUGCCAGAAGAUCCAUCUGACACUCGAUUGAUUAGAGGUAGAGCAGCACAUUUUUCAUUGAUUGAGGAUCAAUUAUACAAGUGUGCAGCUUCAAUGCCUUUGUUACGCUGCCUUACUCCUUAUGAGGUUGAAUCUGCUAUAAGAGAGGAUGCACAAAAUUAUGUCAAAAAAUGCCCAACCUGCCAGUUCAAUGCUGAUGACAUUUACAUGCCAAGCGAGAGGUUAUCGUCUCUCAUAUCACCCUGGCCUUUCGCCCAAUGGGGAGUAGAUUUGCUCGACCCUUUUACAAAAGGUAAGGGAGGUUGCACACAUCUUAUAGUUGUUGUGGACUACUUCACCAAGUGGAUAGAAGCCAAACCGUUGUCCACAACGACUGAGAAGAAAAUAGAAGAAUUUCUGUUUAAUUCUAUACUGUGGAGGUUCGGAAUUCCUAUGCUAAUAAUUGCUGAUAAUGGACCUCAGUUUCGGGCAGCGGCACUCAGGUCAUUCUGUGGUGACCAUAGCAUCGAGCUGACCCUCACUUCUUCUAAUUGGGUUGACGAGCCUAACAAAGUUUUAUGGUCAUGUUGCACCACGCCUAGCUCGGCUAGUAGUGAAACCCCAUUCUGCCUCGCUUAUGGAGCUGAGGUCGUAAUCCCAGUGGAAGUUGGUUUGUCAUCCAACGGGUCAGCUCGUUACAAUGAUUAUGAUAAUGAAUAACUCUUGAGAGAAAACCUAGACUUUGUCGAGGAGGUUAGGGAGCUUUUUCGAAUAAAAAAACAUGGCCUAU